CCCAAAUAGAAACUAAACUGAUCUUUCCUAAUUCAACAACGCUCCCUAAGCACACACAAGGCUGACUUUGUCAGUAACACAGAUGUUAUCAACAUGGCAAGAAAACUAUGGAUAAUUCUUUCUGUAAUUUUUCUGUCGUCUCAGAUUAAGUCUCAACUGGCAGUUUUGCACAUAUCUAGUGACUCCGCAGAAAGAGAGUACUGUCUUGUUUACAACCACAAACUGACGAAUAUCUCCAGUUCUCUGAACAGCGCUGCUGAAUACCAGCUGGUGAACCUGACGUCGAGCCAUCUCUGUAAUGCCUCCACGUCCUAUCCAAAUGUCAGAGGGAAGGCAGUGGUGGUUAUGCGAGACCAGUGUGAAUUUGGGCGAAAACUCGUUGUGGCGGAGAGUUUGGGUGCCUCGGUUCUUCUUAUUGCCAGCACUCAAUCGAUGAGUUCUCCGUCAGUCAAUGAGAGCGAGUAUGGCAAAGUCAGCAUUCCCCUGGCACUCAUGAGAUACAGCGAUUUCCUCAGUGCCCAAAAGACCUUUAGUGAUAAAAUGAAAGUCCGGCUGUAUGCGCCAUCGGUGCCCGUGUUUGACGCCAGCAUUAUUGCCCUGCUAGUUAUCGCCGUUUUCACCGUGGCCAUGGGCGGCUUCUGGAGCGGCGCUGUAGAAAGUGAGAAGCUGAGUGCUGGUGUUUGCGCCAGCGGCGGCGAGCAGAAGACAGACAGCGGCGAUCUGACCCUGUACUCUCCUUUAAAAGUCGUCCUCUUCGUGCUGCUCAUGUGUGGGAUGCUGGUGUUGAUGUAUUUCUUCUACAAGUGGCUUGUGUAUGUCAUCAUUGCCAUAUUCUGCCUGGCGUCCGCCACAGCGCUGUACAGCUGCCUGGACGCUCUGUUGACGAAGCUGGGCUGUGCUGCCUGUAGUUUCUCUGUCAGGGACUCGACGUGCUCAGUGAGGUCUUUGUUGCUGGGAGCGGUGUGUGUCACUGUGGCUGUGGUGUGGGGAGUGUACAGGAAUGAGGACAGGUGGAUCUGGAUCUUACAGGAUCUGCUGGGUAUUGCCUUCUGCCUGAACUUCAUGAAAACAAUCACGUUGUCCAACUACAAGAUCUGUGUCAUUCUGCUCAGCCUUUUGCUUGUGUACGACGUUUUCUUCGUCUUCAUCACACCCUUCUUCACUAAGAACGGAGAGAGCAUCAUGGUCCAGGUGGCUCUGGGUCCCGGGGCCUCAGGAGAAAAGACAGAUGGUAGCAUGGUGGAGGUCCCAGCUGAUCCCACACCCUCCUAUGAGAAACUGCCUGUGGUGAUGAGGGUGCCGCGGUUCUCUGCGUGGGCACAGAAUCUGUGUGAGAUACAGUUUUCCAUCCUGGGAUAUGGAGACAUCAUAGUGCCUGGACUGCUGGUGGCCUAUUGCCACAGGUUUGAUGUGUGGAUGGGCAAUCGUAAGAGGAUCUACUUUCUCUCCUGCACCAUAGCCUACUUUGUGGGAAUGAUCGUGACGUUUGCCGUCAUGAUCGCGUCCAAAAUGGGCCAGCCAGCCUUGCUCUACCUGGUUCCAUUCACUCUGCUCACCAGUGCAGUGGUUGCAUGGCGCAGGAAAGAGAUGAAACAGUUUUGGGCUGGAACCACUUAUGAAGUGUUGGACUCGGCCAGGGAGCCGUUAAUGCAAGGUGGAGAACCUGGAUAUGCCAGCACAGGAGGAAAAUGUUAACUCUUAACAAGUCAUUGAAAAGGAGUUUUGAUUUUGUACAAUUUUGGCCUUUUUUCUUUUUCUUUUUUUUUUUAAGCGCUCUGACAGAGGACAAAGGAAAGACACUAAACGUCACUGUAAACGCACAUGGCUGGUCUCCCAGACAGGAACUAAGACCCCGACAAAGUUCCGGACUAAACAUCUUUUUAAACUGGAUGAAUUAAAAGGGGUUUUCUCAGUUUAUGUUAAAAGUGGACCUAGAUUUAGUCCUGUUUAAAUUGUACUGAUUAGUUUUCCCUUCAGGAAGAAUUGUGUUGCUUUAGGAGUGAGGGAAGCCUGAUGUUAAGCCUUUAAAGAGGCAGAUCUACCUUCAGACUCCUCACGGUGCUCAGUCCAUUCUUCCCAAACUCAGCAAAAAUAUGCUACAUAUUUCACUGAUGUUUUUGAGCAUAGCAUCCCCCACUUAACUCUGAUUUAACACGGUUAUGAAGCGUCUGUCAUCCACAAGGUGGCGCUGUCCGGUGAAGACACACACCACUGAGGUCUGAUUAAAUUUGGCCCAGGUUUCCAUAGUCAGGAAAUGAUAAUCCAAACUUAAAAUGUGUUUCUGCAAGUCACUUUUUAAAUCCUGCAUACGUUUAUGCUUGACCCCUGGAGUCAUUUCUGUCCUGCCUGGGAAACUGAGCUGUGUUUUUUGUCCUGGAGCUUGAAAUCAGUGCUUAUUGUAUGCAGUGCAGAGGGGGUAAUUUUUUCAUUUCUUUUUGGGAAGAGCUGGGUUCCAUAUGGUAGUUAUAUGCAGUAAUGCCUUAUCGAUUUCUCUGACCUUUUUGUUGUUCAUGGAGCAGCGAUCAGCCUUCUCGCUUUGGUGAUGGACACAACUGACUGAUAAAGCCCUUUCUGAAUUAUUCAACUGCAUGUAAAGCAAUGACAGAAUGUUUGAAAACUUUCAUUUUAAAUUUGUUCUAAAGUACAUCAAUCACUGUUUCUAAUGAGAAGACCCAUGGUGGCCUUAAAAUAUGAACCAUGCUUUUUUUUCUACGGUGUGAUUUUAUAUCAUGGUAUUUCUACAGUAUUUGGAAACUUGCUCUUCUUUCAAAUGUCUGAAAUAAACCAGUAUGUUCAGCGG